AUGGGUCGUAAAUAUAAAAGCCUUCAAGCCGCGGAAGCUGCUGCUGAAGACCUACUUAAGCAGGAAGGACAGAUUCGUGGAACUGAAAAAGACGAACCACCUCGUCAUUUACUGCAAUCGAAGGAUUUUAAUACUCGGUCAAUGGGAUUGGCCAAACCUACCAUAUCAAUCCAAACUAAGAAAUCACUGGAUCCAGGUGGUCCUGGUACCUGUAGCAUUAUUAUGCCACAACAUUCACAACCCCAUUUGAAUUCACAAAACAAGGAAGGAAAGGCCAAUUCGAAAGAUGAAACUUUGGCUGCUCUAUUAGAGCUUUCAGAUGAUCAACCACGAUUUCAGUCUAUCUUUCUGACUGAUGAGAAUAUCAUUUACAUCAACUCACCGUCAAACAGUUCUGGACCCGCAGGAGAACUAGGCAACCCUGUAGAUUCGUUAAGCGAAAUAGCAAGCGUUGUGACAUCGUUGAAGUCCAACACAACAGAGCUGGGCUCUGCAGUAACCACCUUGAGGACUGAUGUGACGGAUAUGAGAAACGAAAUGAUUCAAAUGAAGCAAGAUAUUAUCGAGGGAAACAAAAUAUCGAUUCGACAAGUGGUUGAAGAUUGUUUGAACAGAAGCUUCCCGCGUUUUGCUACAAUGCUCCAUAUGGGUUGUGGAGAUGAAUCUAAGCCACACGCAGAAAAUUCAGUUGAAGAACAUAGACACAUAAACGACAAGGACGACUUAAUCAACUUCAUUAAAAUAUUGGCCAACAAACAUGUAUUCGAGGAAUACAUCAAAUAUUUCACAAAAAUUAUUCCCCCUACCAGUUACUACGAAUCACUUUAUUUUGCAUGCUAUAAGAUUCUGGACUGUUUUUUCACACGACCGUUUUGGAAUAAUUUUACUUGGACCGGAAUCAACCGAGGAAAUAAGUCAAAAAGAGGUUUUCGCGAAUCUGCCAAUGUUCUACAACUUCUCUUCGCAAUAGUAAGCAUCGGUGACCCAACGUAUACGAGAAUUAAAUUGGAAUCAUUUUGCAUGAAUCGACUUUCCCGCUACUCGAAAGCAAGGUCUUCUAGUAAGCAAUUGCUCAGAUCCACGUGUCGCCGCACACGAGUGAAAUGCGAUGAGGCAGUUGUACCAGUUGAUGGUCUGGCUGAAGACGACAAUCGUAGUGGAGCAAUGAAUGAUACCACGUAUCAUUCUAACCAAUAUGAGUCGAUUGAUGCUGUUGUAGUUGACGAUGUCGAGGAUGGUGAUGGACUGAUUGAUAAUAUUACAACUGAUCACGAUGAGUCAGAUAAAGAUUCGCAUAUGGAUACUGACAUGGCAUCUCGUGUCGAAGUUUUGAUUAAUUAA